CUAAAAACUGACACGACUGGGCUACGUUCUGACCCCUAGGUACACUAAUCAGCAUCACGUUCGUCAAAUCCAAUCACACAUCACAGACAGCUGGAAACAGUCAACUUCCCCUGCAUCGGCAAAUCAAAACAGUAACCCUCAGCGCAGAAGGCUAUAUUUAGAGGGGAUUCCCCGUCACAUGACCCGGUUUCCCGUGACGUCAUUUUCUCCAGCGUGUUCUGCGCCAGGUGUUUGGAGUUUCGUCAGCAGGUGUGCGUGUUGAAUAUGACAGCGUAGAAACCAUGUUGCAUCACGACCCGAAACAUAAAUAUAUCCCUCAACGCUGGAACCUCGUCGACUAUAUAAACCAGGUUUAAUAACACUGUAUCAUUCAAACUGUGAUCGAGACACAACAUAAGACGACAUUAACGCGUCCUGCGCUGUCCCAGAUAUUAAAUAUUGACUUCUCGUGUCAGAGUUACUCAAAUCAUGGGUGUUAUCUUGGAUAAACUUGCUGACUUUACAGGCCUGUUCUCCGGGUUUUCAAGAGACCCAGCAAGAAUUCUGAUGGUUGGACUCGAUGCUGCCGGUAAAACGACGAUCCUGUACAAGCUGAAGCUGAACGAGGUGGUCUCCACCAUCCCCACCAUCGGCUUCAACGUGGAGACCGUCAGCCCCUGCAAGGGGGUCAACUUCACCGUGUGGGACGUGGGGGGUCAGGACAAGAUCAGACCCUUGUGGAGACAUUACUUCCAGAGCUGCAGCGGUAUCUUGUACGUGGUAGACACCAACGACAGGGAGAGGUUUGUCGAGUCACGUGAAGAACUGAAGAACGUCAUCGACAGCAACGAGAUGAGAUCCGUCCCUGUGGUCGUCCUGGCUAACAAGCAAGACUUGCCAGCUGCCGCCAAGUUGUCGGAAGUAGUGGACGCCCUUCACCUUCAGAAGAUGACGGACCGGAAGUGGUACAUCCAGGGGACAUGCGCUACGACCGGGGAGGGUCUGUUCGAGGGUCUGGAGGAAAUGUCCCGACUGGUGAAAGAAUUUAAACAGAGCAGGGGGCGGUGAAUAUUUACAGACAUAAAUAACCACAAACAAGUAUCUGUGAUAAUGUCCAGAAGCUCAGGGAUGACCAACUGAAGGGUAUCUGUGUUGACACCUGAAUGGACUGAUGUGACCUCCCACAACUAUAUUUAAUCACGUGUUUGUUUGUUCAAUACAUGAUAUGCAAGUUGAAAUGCUGUCAUAUGACUUUGACAAGGUUUUUCAAGUUUGUAUUGUGGCGAGGAAGCCUAAAGGAGGACCCCACUGUUGCGACACGUUGCCGUCAGAACAAAGACUCCCAUCUCGAUGUUACUGAUUCAAUCUUAUGCCCAGUCCGUCCCCAUGGUUACCGAUCCUUACCGUGUUGUCACGUGAUGACUCGAGAUCUGUAGAGCUAUCAGUCUUUCGUUACUGUUAUACGUAUGUAGCAAUUUGUUAUAUAAUUCAUCGUGUAAAUACUCACAUGUUUCCAACAUUCCUUGGUAUGUCUUUUAUCUGAACACGUUGUAUGGUGAUUGUGUUUUCAAUACGUGUGUAUACGUUUUUAUUUUAUUUACCUGUUGUUUUGUACUUAAACAUGUAAUUGUAAUUGUUGUUGCAAUACAAGUUUUAA